AUGGAUGUUAAACUCAAACUCAAACUCCAAAACGAGCAUCGCCCCACCGUCGAAACGCCUAGGGAUAUUGAGAUGGAUAAUGAAAGACGUUCAACAUCAGAUACUGUCAAGCAUCCCACCCCCAAUAAUACACAAGGCCAAAGUGGACCCGAUGCGCUCUCGUCGAAGGAGCUACCGAUCUCUCCUGUGUCCCCUGACAUCCCCUCCCCACCCGCACCUGUAUCGGCCUCAGCAUCUCCUCAUAUCUCUAAUUCGUGUCCCACGCAGGCAUCUCAUAGCGUGUCUAUUGCCGAUCGCCAAUUUGGUGUGCUCCCAUCUCCAGAUUCGAACCAUGGAUGCUCCACAAGAGCUUCCAGCAAGACGAGACCAAGUGACCACUUCAUUCCAGAGGGAGUUUCUCUUUCCCCACAUCAAUCAGGUCCCCCACAGCUGGUUGAGCGUGAACUGCAAACAAUAUCCCCGUCAUUUGCAUCCGCAGAUGACAUGGGACAUUCAUCAUUGCCCAUGUCACAAACUGCCAGAGUUGCAAGGACAUCACAGAUCCCAAGGACAUCACAGAUCUCAGUAGCACAUCAGGGUGGACACGCGCAGGUUUUGUCGUGCAAUUUAGCUAUGCCUCAACAAUAUCAGCCCCAGAAGGUGGUUCCGGCCAAUCCUCAGCUCGCGUCUGAUAUGACGAACAAAAGCCACGCCUCCUUGCUGAAGUUCUUGUUCGCUGAGCCCAUCUCCCCGAAAAGAUUCAUCCCUCUGCUUGAUCGGAUUUCGGCAGCACCAGGGUCUUGCGAGAAGAGCCGCAUACACCUUCUACGAAAUGCUUGUGAGAAAGGGGAUUUGUUCUACAUUGCCCUACAUCAGGUGUAUUGUCUACAAACAACAUGCCCUAGUUCCUUAGAUCCCUCUAAAUUUGGAGCUUACCAAAUGGCAGGUCUGGAGCUGGUUUCGCGCAUUCUGAUACGGAAUGAAUGUCUCUCAAAGCCUUUUGUCGAAGCAUGCGCCAGAUUCCCUACCUUAAUUGGAGAAUUUCUUCGAUAUUGCUCGAUUUACUCUUCUGUUUUAGACCAGGUUAUACGCUUUCUAGAAGCCAUGGCACGUGCCUGGUUGCCGUUUGAAACGUCUAUUACUUCUCGAGGAUAUCCGCCACUUAUUGAUGAGAUGAUCGACAUUCUUGGCCUCACCACACCAACUUUUCAAUAUGUUAUAUUCACGGUGUGCUGUCGCCGUCUUACUGGAGCCACGGAUGACGUUCCUGUCAAAUUAUUUACCGCUACGUUCCGAAAAAACGAGGAAUAUUACCAACAGCGUCGCUUACGAAUGCACAGUGCAAAUCCUAUACCUCUGUCCCAGGUCCAAGCUGAGAACGAAUUCCUCAGACAACAAUAUCUCCGGAUAUCGGAGCAACAUAUUUUACCUAAGCGGGUAUUACACGGAGCGAUUAACCCUGGUGGUCCUCAGGUCCAAACUCAGGACCCUGUCACUCAGGAGCAACAACAACCUCCAAUACGGCGUGCUUAUCACCAAGACCCGUCCCCAUUCUCUCCCCUCGCAUCACACCCUAUCCAGUACUCUCUCCAGCCAAAUCGACGAUAUGCUUCAAUGCCAGUUCCCAACAGAGCACAGAUGACUGUGCCCUCAUACACACGUGCACAUCCAGCACCCCCUGCGGGGUGGUCUAUGACCGCCCAACCUCUCCCGAACCAAGUUCCCCCAAAUUCGACCCGGUUUGUCCUGUCACAUAACAUGAAUACACAGUUGCGCAACGAUGUCUUUGUUCAUCCAUCCGCUCAGCUGUCCCAAACACACCCUACUACAGCGCAACCUUUAUAUCCCAAAACAAACAACUUACUUCUGCCUCCCCCCGGAAUUCUCCCCAUGGAAUCUGCUAACCCAAAUCCCCUUAUUGAUGGCCUCCACCAAGCUUAUCUGAAAGAGCAGAUCGUGGCGCUUCAUGACAAGGAAGGCAAUAAUGGUCCAACAUCAUUAUUCCCGUAUCUUCACAGCUUUGCUUUGUUUCCCAUGCAAUUGCAAGCGCCAAUCCGAAAACUGCGGUUCACAAUCCCGCCAGAGGAAUUCCAAAAAUUCCCUUUUCGACGAAAAACUGUGUCAAAGAAUGGUUCGCCCGUAUGGGGAGUUCUGGAUGGGCAUCGAACAUAUCAGAUACGGUGCACAAAAACGAGUUCUCCCAUUCCAAAGCUCUCGGAGCAUCAAUGGGCUGUAUUGGACACUGCAUGGCCUACUGCUAUAUAUAUUCACGUUAAUGGCAUGGAGCAUUUCGUUCGCCGGAAAAUGCAUUUUGGAAGGGAUAUACCGCUUAAUGUCACGAGUUCCCUCAAAGAAGGCGUGAAUGAGAUAUCGAUAGCUAUACUCUGGGGCUCCCCAGAGUACAACAGCAAAUCGUCUUAUGCCGUGGCUCUGGAAAUACUUGAAUACGCUUCGCUUAACCGUGUCCGCUCGCUCAUCCAGCAUCAAAAAUCCGCUACAUCUCUAGACCAAAUCAAGCAUCGACUUACAGGAUUAAAUACAGAUGAUGACGAUAUUUCUGUCGUUGAUGACCACAUAACGAUUGACCUAGUGGAUCCUUUUAUGGCGCGGGUUUUUGACACCCCCGCCCGGACCAAGUUUUGCCCACAUAUGGAAUGUUUUGACAUUGAAACAUUUCUAAUGACGCGCUUGUCUAAAGCAUCGAAAGGAUACGGCAUGGCAGAGGAUUGGAAGUGUCCUAUCUGUGGCAACGAUGCCCGCCCCCAGUCCCUGGUCAUUGACGAUUUCCUAGUUACGGUCCGGCGUACACUCGACGAAGGCAAGCAAUUAGAUGUAAAAGCGAUACUCGUGCGCCCGGAUGGAUCCUGGGAACCUAAGACAGAAAGGAAUAAUAACAAUAAUAAUAAUAACAGGCCAAGCGAAUCGGGCAUGUUGAAACGGAAACGGGAAGAUGGCUUGAGUAUCACCUCCCCAAAUAAUCAUGGCCAGCAACAACUCUACCCUGACAGUUCAAAGCAAUCCUCCACCCCUGAAGUUAUUGAUCUCGAUUAA